AUGAUGUCGGAUGAAAUUGCAGAAAAUGGAACAGCAAACGGAGACGUUCCAGAGAUUGAGCUGAUAAUCAAGGCUUCGACAAUAGAUGGCAGGCGAAAAGGUGCUUGCCUUUUCUGUCAGGAGUACUUCAUGGAUCUGUACUUGCUAGCGGAAUUAAAAACUAUAAGCCUAAAGGUAACCACAGUAGAUAUGCAGAAGCCUCCGCCAGAUUUCAGGACCAACUUCGAAGCUACUCAUCCGCCCAUCCUGAUAGACAACGGCCUAGCCAUACUGGAAAACGAAAAGAUAGAACGACACAUCAUGAAAAGCGUGCCGGGAGGGCAUAACUUGUUCAUUCAGGAUAAAGAGGUGGCAUCUCUCAUAGAGAACCUGUACUCCAAGUUGAAGCUGGUUUUGGUACGUAAAGACGAGCACAAGUCCGCUGCUCUGAGGGCGCAUCUCGCUCGUAUUGAUGCACUGCUGGAGCGCAGAGGAACCAGAUUCCUAACGGGAGACACCAUGUGCUGUUUCGACUGUGAGCUGAUGCCUCGCCUGCAACACAUCCGCGUGGCCGGCAAGUACUUCGUUGACUUCGAAAUACCGACGAGUUUCCGAGCACUCUGGCGUUAUAUGUACCACAUGUAUCAACUAGACGCCUUCACACAAAGCUGCCCCGCCGACCAAGACAUCAUAAACCAUUAUAAACUGCAACAGUUAUCUACAAAAGGUUUGAUCUUGUCGCCGACACUGACGCGGCAAAAGAAAGACGAAGAGAGUAGGACGGCGCUCAAAAUGAAGAAACACGAAGAACUUGAGACACCCACGUUCACUACCUCCAUUCCCGUGGACAUUAACGAACCGAACGAACAGUAA